AUGAUCGUAUGGGCGCAACUUCCGGCCUUGAAGAUCCAUUUCUAUCAUAGGGAGGUGCUAACCACUCUGGGGAACUUGAUCGGUAGAACUAUCAAACUAGAUUACCACACCCUGACCCAGCAACGAGCAAAGUUUGCCCGAAUUGCGGUGGAGGUGGAUCUUUCGAAGCACCUGGUUCCUCGAAUAUGGCUGGAUGAUGCUUGGCAAAAGGUGGAGUACGAGAAUCUCCCGGAAGUGUGUUUUGAAUGUGGCAAGAUUGGCCACUCCGCCGACGGUUGCCCACUUCUCCGACUCCCACAGGCAGCUGGUCUAUCCGACAUCGUCGUUGGUGGUGCCGGCGGAGUCCCGACGGCGGAGGUGUCGGAAGAGAAUCCCGGCUUUGGGCCCUGGAUGUUGGUCAGUCGGAAGUCAAGGCGCCAUUCGAGGGAUCUUCCUAGGAAAGGAAACUCGGAUCCGGACUUGUCGCGUUCAACCCAGGGAUACUCUGCGCGGAAUGGGAAAGUUGGUGCGGGCAAUGGAGAAAAGGAAAGUGGGAAGCAGAUUUUGGAGAAAGGUUUUGAGGGAUCUGUGCAACGGGUGGCUAGCCAGGAAAGGAAGGAGAUUAACGGGAAGAAAGGUAACGAAGUGUCCCCAAACAUUAGCCGGAGUAGAGCAGGGGAGCUAAGUAGGAGAGCCGGGAUUCCGCUGAAGGCUAACCUUGGGCGCUAUCUGGGGAUCCAUGCGAUCCAAGAAAGGGUUACUAAAGGGCGGUACCAGCUGCUCCUCCUCCAGAUCCAGAAGAAGAUGGCUCAUUGGAAGGCUAAGCGGCUAUCUUUUGCGGCCCGUCUCACGGUUGCCCAAUCUGUGAUAGCCUCCCUUCCGGUUUAUACUAUGCAUACUGAACUCAUUCCGAAAGGUGUUUGUCGCAGUAUUGACAGGUUAAGUAGAGAUUUUGUGUGGGGACAUGAAGAGGACAGGAGCAAGAUGCACCUCGUUGCCUGGGACAGGAUGACUCGCCCAAAGCUACAGGGGGAAGUGGGGCUCCGGGACACUAGGCAAGCUAACAUAGCCCUGCUUGCCAAGAGUGGGUGGCGCCUAAUUAAAGACAAGAACAGUCUCUGGACUCGGCUGAUGCACUCUAAGUACGGGCGUCAUCAUAGUCACCUCGAUAUCCUCAGGCCUAUUAAGGGAAGUUCUUUUGCCUGGAGAAGUUUCACGAAAGCUGCUCAUCUCCUAAGGAGGGGUUGCGCUUGGAAUGUUAAGAAUGGUGUUCGCACUAAUUUUUGGAAUGACUUAUGGGUUUUGCAGGUACUGCUUAAGGAGGUUGCUUUGGAAAGUAUCCCGGCGGAUCAAGAGGGAGCUGUGGUGGCUGAUUUCGUGGACGAGGAGGGAAGAUUGUUACCCGAACUCUUUUUCCAUUUGCUCCCAGCGGACACUACCCAGGCUAUUGUCAGUAUCGCGGUGGAUAAGAUAUCGGAAGAAGAGUAUACUCUUUUUUGGGCACCUGCUGCGGAUGGGAAGUUCAGCGCCAAAUCGGCUUUCUCAUUGCUUCAUCAACUGCCUCCUGACCCAGAUGAGAAGGUUUGGAAGGCCAUAUGGAAGCUGCCUGUGCCGGAAAGGGUAAGAAGCUUCAUGUGGCUGACUUUUUCAGGAAGGAUUGCCACUAGGAAGUUGUUGUUCGAGAGGAAGGUGGUGGACGAGCCCUUCUGUUCGCGAUGCCCAGGUCAGCAUGAGUCCAUUCUUCACUGCCUGCGCGACUGCCCCCCGGCCAUGUUUGUUUGGUCACGCCCGGUACCGCCUCAGCAACAUCAUGCGUUCUUUAGCAUGAAUGCGCACACCUGGCUCAAAGAGAACCUCCUUAGUAGCAGCCUCACUUCGACAGAUAUUCUUUGGCCUGCCUUCUUCGCGAUUACGGCGUGGUGUCUCUGGAAGAAUCGCUCUACUGCCUGCUUCAAAGGCUUGGCCACAGCUCUUUCACCUUCUUCUCUUGAGAACUCCAUUGUUGCCCGUGCUAAACUUUGGAGCAAUGCGUGGAAGGCCCCUGACCCUCUCCCCAACAGAAGGAAUCAGCCGCCCCAGCGGAUCCUGGCGCAGAUCGGGUGGAAGCCGCCGCCCGAGGGUUGGAUGAAGUUGAACGUUGAUGGUGCGUCCAGCGGUAAUCCGGGGCCGGCCGGGGCUGGAGGUACUCUUUGA